UUCUGUCGGGUCGGCCUAUUUUAUUUUUACUGGUUUCGGAUCUCACACUCCGCCUGAAGACGAUGAGAUCUCAGAGUACAAUAGAUUUGAUAGAAUAGAUCUCUCAUAAUUCUCUCUUUUCCUCGAAAUUUUCUCGCUUCACGCAGGGAACUGGAGCAAGUAGAAAGAAAAUGGCGACGAUCGAAGCCCACCAGUUUUCUCGGUGCAUCACUUGCCAUGCUUGGAGCCCUGAUCGUUCCAUGGUUGCGGUUUGCCCUAAUAAUAAUGAAGUGCACAUCUAUAGACGGGUACAAGAUAACUGGGAGAAGCUCCAUGUCCUACAGAAGCAUGACCAAAUUGUUUCUGCGGUAGACUGGAGUUGUAGAUCAAACAGAAUAGUCACUGUAUCACAUGAUCGAAAUUCAUAUGUCUGGAACCAAGAAGGACCAGAAUGGGUACCAACACUUGUUAUCCUCAGGCUAAACCGAGCUGCACUUUGUGUUCAGUGGAGCCCUAGAGAAAACAAAUUUGCUGUUGGAAGUGGGGCCAAGACUGUCUGUAUAUGCUAUUAUGAGCAGGACAAUAACUGGUGGGUUAGUAAACUUAUAAGGAAAAGACACGAUUCCUCGGUGACAAGCGUAGCUUGGCAUCCUAAUAAUAUUUUUCUUGCGACAACAUCUACAGAUGGAAAAUGCCGAAUAUUUUCCACCUUUAUCAAGGGUGUUGACCAAAGGGACUCGAAAGGGGGCUCUUCUUCAGAUUCUAAAUUUGGGGAGCAAAUUCUUCAACUGGAUCUCUCGUCUUCUUGGGCUUUUGGUGUCAAGUGGUCACCUAGUGGCAAUACCUUAGCUUAUGUAGGUCAUAAUUCAAUGAUCUACUUUGUUGAUGAUGUUGGUCCCUCUCCUUUGGCCCAAAAUGUUGCUCUUCGUGAUUUGCCUCUCCGUGAUGUCCUAUUUGUUUCUGAGAAAAUGGUAAUAGGUGUUGGAUUUGACUGCAAUCCAAUGGUUUUUGCAGCUGAUGAAAGAGGAAUAUGGAGUUUUGUCAGGUUCCUUGGUGAAAGGAAAUCAGUGUCUUCAGGUUCAAAAUAUGGUUCUCAGUUCUCUGAAGCAUUUGGGAAAUUAUAUGGCCAAUCUAAGCAAGGACUGAGCAAUGACGCAAUGGAACCUUCAAGGCCACGUGGAGGCAUUCACGAGAACUGCAUAAAUUGCAUUGUGCCUCUUAGUGAGGCUGGCAGUUCCAGAACAAUGCGCUUUAGCACUUCAGGAUUGGAUGGAAAAGUAGUUAUAUGGGAUCUGGAGAACCAAGAAGAUCUAUCUGAAUAUUUUGAAGCAUUGAAGUUAUAGCGAUACGUUGCCCACAUAGAAACAAAAAGUCAUCAUGAAAUUUGCUCUGCUCUUGCUGGAGAUGAUGUUUCAUCAAUAUCAAUAUUAAGCUCAUGCACUUGCAUUUGGUUUAGGCUACCCUGUUGUACCAAGUGCAGGCCUUUGCCGUGCAGUCACCGGUGAAUGGUCUGUGAGUGUAAGGGUUGUUUUUUUCAUUUUGAAAAGACCACAAACAUGUUUAUGGUACUAGUAGAAAUUAACUAGAGGAGUUGGAAAAGAUCAAUUAAAACUCAUAUGGACGAAUUUGGAAUGGGCAGUGCCACUGAAGCUUCUACCUUUCAGGUUGAAUUUCUUUCCAAGAAAUGAUAGUGGUGGUGUUUUGUAGUAGUAGUAAUGAUUUGCUUUCAUAUGUUACUUUUCUUGUAAGCUAAUUUUUAUCCUAUGUAUUUAUUAUAUACAUAACUCUUGGCACAA